CCACCCUCCAAUCUUCCAAUCAAAAAUCAAACAACAACAAAACUCUGCGGCCGGCUGAAAAGUUCGAAAAGGUUUUGCUGCGAUCUUCAAUUGUUGGCAUUGUUUGUAAACAAGCAAGGAUGGCAGACGACGGAGACACGGUUACUCAAGUCACAGUAAAGGAACCCUUGGACUUGAUUCGAUUGAGUCUUGACGAAAGGAUUUACGUGAAAAUGCGAAAUGAACGCGAACUUAGGGGUCGCAUCCAUGCUUAUGACCAGCAUCUGAACAUGGUUCUCGGCGAUGUUGAGGAAACAGUUACCACUGUUGAAAUUGAUGAAGAGACUUAUGAAGAAGUGUACCAAACAACUAAAAGGAACAUUCCCAUGCUGUUCGUCCGUGGUGAUGGAGUGAUUUUAGUUUCUCCUCCUAUGAGAGUGUAAUCUGUCUCGUGAAAUUCUUAUAAAUUAAUCAAAGAUGA